CUAUGGGGGAUGGUUUUCUCGCAAUCAUUCACUGGGCCUGUAUGCUCCAAGUGAAACGUUCACCUAGUCAUUUCUGACGGGUUUCUGGGCUAUAAAAUCCCCCCCUCUCCUCAUCCUCGAAUCUCUUCUUCAUCCUACCAUCUCCCAUCCUCCACCUUUCUCUCACCCACUUUUCCCCUGAACCCAUCCAGAAAGCCUCAAUCCCAGCAUCCAUUACCCCCUUCACACCAAGCCAAUACACCUUCAUCCGUCCGUGACAAGAUGAAGCUCCACCCUCUCUGGCUGCUCACCCUCCUGGUCACCCUGGUGACCUCGACCGCCAUCAAGGCAGGCUGCGACUGCGCCCUCGCCACCGACAACGACAGCGACAACGACCAGGUCUCCCACGAAUUCAUCCUCGCUUAUGUGAAGUGCAUGCACGGUUGCACUGAACACGUGUCCAUCAAGAAAGCCCUGGACGGGUAUAUCAGUCUCUACACUCGUGACAAUGUCGUGACUGAGCCAGCCUCUGUCCCAGAUACCGACGUCGAUGCGUCCUCUCCUGACGCCGGUAUCGAUACUGAUAUUGACGAUGAUAUCGACAUCGACAUCGCCUCCAUCGAAGCGUACACUCUCGAUAGCAAUGAGGAUGACGACAGGAACCUUCUGGUUGAUGCCGAGGCCGAUACCUUCGAUAUCGCGGACGACACCACAGACAUCUGGGACGAAGACGACGCCACCGACCCCUCGAACACAAACACCACCACCACCCUAACAACCCGCACCGCGGACCCCGCCGCGGCGGCCGACGACCUGUCCACCCGGGACCGCAAAUGCCACCGUCGCUGCCGCCGCACCAAGGAUUGCUGCCACACCGACAUCUGCUACUCCGGGGUGUGUCUGGGCCCUGGCAAGUCGCCUUAGCUUCGCUUAGCUUCACAAACAGCUUGUUCUACUUUUGUGCUACCACCGA